CACCAAAACAUUAUCAACCGCUAGGGUUAUCGAAUCGACCCAGCGGCGGGGGGUAAGACAAUAAGAUGGCGGCGGCGGCGGCGGAGGAGGAGGGGGAAGAAAACCUGAUGCCGCAAGAGGAGGGGAUGGUGGCGCUGCGUAGUCAGGAGGGCGUGGAUUUCGUGGUUCCCUCAGAGGAGGCGAGGCUGUCCAUGUUCUUACAUCGUAGGAUCGAGCUUGACCCCGACAACUACUUCGUCCCCGCCGACGGCGACGAGACCAAGUACACCCCCAUCUUGCUCCGCUCCAUCCGAGCCGAGGUCCUAUCCAAGGUUUUGGAGUACUGCAAACAGUCCUAUGCCUCCUGCCGCUGGGACGGCGCCCACCAUCUCAACCACAAUGAGACGCUCUAUGAUCUCAUCCUGGCUUCGGACUAUCUUGAAGUCCAUCGACUCCUUGACCUAUCGUGCCAGACCCUUGCCAAUAAGAUCAAGGGGAAGUCACCCCGUGAGAUAGGUAAUAUCCUCAACAUCACGGGUGUCUUUGCUCCCGAAUUAAAUGAAGAGCAUUCAAGUAGGUGUUGCACUACCAACAUGGUUACAGCGGCCAUGGAAGUCAUCUCCAAGAAGAAGCCAUCUGUGAACCAAGAGCUCAAAUUGGCGGAGAAGGCGUUGCAGGCUCUUGACGUAGUUCGUCGCCAAGAGUUCACCGCAUACGACCCCGUGCUCAGGCGUCUUAAACGCAAUCGAGUUGACAUCUUCAACCUAGCCUUCUUUGACAUUUAUAAAGAGAGUGAGUAUUUUGCUAGCUUUUCUCGUGGUCCACAACUUCACAAGAUAACACCAAUGCAUGAGUCAGUUGUGCGAUCUUGUGUCAAUGUAAUUUACAUUAAGGUACGCGAAUCGGACGUCGGCUUUCCAAUCAACAUAUUUGGUACCAUUAUUGCAAGGGAUCAAGUCGACUAUAGAUGUGUCUAUCUGUUUAGGCGUGAAAUGGAUGAUCCCCAAUUCAUCAGCUCGGCGGAUGAUAUGUUAUCUUUAAUGGAUCCAUGCCGAGGGCUUGUUCCGGAAGAUAAAGUUUAUUUUGAGGUCGAUUUAAAGAUCAAGUGUGAUGGAGGCAUGAUUAAAGAUUUUAGCAAAGGUGUGGGAGUUUUUGAUUGGAUCCGGCUCUAUCCAGGCAAGGAGAGAUUGACUUUCGGUGUAUAUAGUCAUAUAAGCACCGUGGAAUUUUUAUGUGAGCAAGUUUACAGUCCCGUGGAAGCUACCAUUGCAAUCAAUAUUUUGAAAGGGUCGUGCAGUAUCUCAAGAGUAGUUGCUUCGACUCCUGGAAACUUUAAGGACCAUAUCAUUCUAUACGAAGCAGCAUGCAGCCCGAUAGUAAUCGAAAGUGGUGGCUCUGUUCCUUUAACUCGUCGCGUGGUAGCUGUCUCACUGGAUCACAAGUUGGCGCUCUUCAUUGUUGGUGGUGACGUGCUUGAACACCUUGCCCUCACUCUAGGUCAUUCUCAUGAAGUGGUCAAUCGGAGGAUGGGUUGCGCCGAAUUGGAGGUGAAAGUUGCUUGGACAUCCGUCCCGGUAAGAGAGAGACCUGAUAUGUUUAAGGUUGUCGGAAAUACGCGGCUCUUGUUGUGAGAAGGUACGGCAGUGAUGGAUGUAUAUUAGUUUUUGUGUAGUUGCCGCAGUACUCCCCCCUUCACAAGAUUUAAGGCGUUAUUUUGUUGAGACAAACAAGUAGUUGCUCUAUUAAUGUGAAAAACUGCAAUCAUAAGUUUAUUCGGAUACGAA